CGACGACGAAAGACUGAGGUCGACCACUACGAGCCCGCAGCACGCACCGCGAGCAAUCAGGAACAUUCAGCGUACCACCUUCGAACUGGAAGCACAACCCAGCACAGGCUACCGUGAUAUGGCCCGCGAACAAGGCGAUGCCGGCGACUCGCUCGCUGCUUCUUCGGCUCCGAAAUCCAUCAGCGAACUGACGCCAGGAACAAGAACCCGGACACCGACGCCUCCCAAGAAGCGAAGUCCCCAGAAGAAAGAUGACUUCGACCCUCGUCGUCUUGUCAUAUCUUGGACCUGCGACCAAAUAGCCCGCAUUCAGCCCUGGAAGGAGUUCUUCGACACGAACACGGUAACGUUGCCCAACACCACUCAGGAGAUAGGGCGAAGAAUUCCAAUUAACCUUGACCGUUACCGAAGCAACUAUGGAGUUAUCUUCUUGUUUUUGCUUGCAUUCUGCUUCAUGUCUACUCCUGCGAGAGCUGCCGGGGUUGCUGCUGUGGUAGCACUAUGCGCAGCUCUGAGGCUUCAUGUCGAUGAAGAUACAACGGCAGUUCUGGGGACGGGAUUGGUUCUCGGUAAGCUACAUCGAGCGGGCAUAGCGUUGUUCGUAUCGCUGCCGUUGCUAUACGCCCUGGACUUGUGGUCAUCGCUGGUGUGGUCCGGGACAGCAUGUCUAUUUUUGACGUUGGGCCAUGCGUCCUUGCACCAGGCGGCUCCCUUGGCACCGGCCAAGAAAUUGGAAGACAUUCCUGAGGAAGGAGAUACGACCGCUUUCUGAAGGACUGUUGUUGGCUGUGGGUUUCGUGGUUCGCCCAUGCAGACUUGUUGUAAAGUUGGGUAAAUAAAGACGUUGGCUAUAAAGUUGA